GCGCACUUUUCGAUGGUCACGUUACCAAUGCACAUUUAUCACCAGAUGUAGGUAUCGAGACCUAGCCAAAAGUUUAGUGAAUCCCGGGAUGACUGGUAAUCUGCCAUGCGGGUGGUUUGUUUCAGUAACUCUUUUAGGUUCUUCACGUUUACGAAAACCAAUAUCACCAUCUUGAUGCAAACCAGUAAUGCUUGUUGGCAAUGAUUUAUAAUUUCGAACUUUUCCUACUGUAAGUUAAGACUUAGCACACCAACUCUCAAUGUGUUACUAAGUUGCACCAUCGCUUUGCAUUCUCUUAUUUUAGUGUGCAUGACAUGUACAUAAUUUAUUCUAGUAGGAGCCAAGUCUUAUCGGGGUCAUUAAUUUCUCUGGUUACAUAUAUAUAGUUGAUUCAGUGUAAGUAUGCGAGUUUCAUCUUAGAAUCACACUCAGUAGUUUAAGUGAAGUGUCUUUCAUGAAAAUACACGUUUGUUCUAAAUUGUUUUUUUCUUCCUCAUUGAUUUUAGUUACUAUUCUCUCUCUGCGAUAUAAACUUAGUGUCCGAUUUCAUUGCCCUGCAUAGAGUCAUUCCGUUUGUAACUGCUUCAUGGUUUGGUUUCACCUAUUGUUAUUUCGAAGUUUCAAUUACGUUAAUCGGAAAUUGCUCUCUACGCGUGUUAAAUUGAGUCCAUUAGCCGAUGCUUUUAAUUACCAUAGUUUAAAAACAAAGGAUGAACAUUUAAGCAAAAGGACAGGUAUCUUUUGCAUAAUAUCAAUAUUUUUAAUCAUAUAGGACUUUUUGGCCAUCCGGUUUUGACGUCUCCUCAUAGUUUUCAAAGUCUGGUUGAGUCUACUAUCGGAGAGUGUCAUGUGUUGUGUGAUGAAGCUACUUCUCAGACAAGAGUUAGGAAAAUAGUCCAGAUAUUAGACGAUCUAUCCGAUACAUUGUGUCGAGUUGCUGAUUUAUCUGAUUGUAUACGAAUGCUUCAUCCAGAUCAAGCAUAUCGCUAUUCUGCACUGAAAGCAUGUCAGUCAAUUGGUCAACUUGUUGAAGAAUUGAAUACUAAUUCAAACUUAUAUAAUGCCUCUGUUCGUGCAAGUAGUUCAUCUCAAGUGGAUAAAUUAAUUCCAGAUACACAUAUGGAUAAUGUUGAUAGGCGUGUACUCGAUUUAUUUGUAGCUGAUUUUGAACUAUCUGGUGUACAACUACAGGAUCCCUGUCGACACGAACAGUUUGUGCAUGCUGCUUCAUUUGCCUUAAAUUGUGGUGCUAAAUUUAUUGAAGGUUGCCAUAGUACAGUAACUUAUCCAUCGAAGUAUUCAGCAAAUAGUUAUUCAAAUUCAAUUGAACUUGUUCAUCCACUUAGUGAUCAUCCAGAUCCUUCUAUCCGUUUAUCCACCUAUUGUGCAUAUUAUGCACCCAUUCAAGGCCAAGAAAAGUGUCUAGAACAACUUUUGAGUGCACGACAUGAAAUGGCACAAGCAGCUGGCUUUCAAAAUUAUGCUAAACGUGCCACGCUCUAUAGUUUAGCUGAAACACCUGAGAAUGUAGACGAAUUCCUUCAGCAUGUUUGUAAGAAACUUCUUCCUAUUUCAACUGAAGUAGCAAGAAAACAGUUAUUACCAAUCAUAAAAAACUCUUAUCGGAAAACGAAGAUGCACAACUUGCAAACGGAUUGUAAUGCAAAUUUAAUUUGGCCUAGUGAUUUACCCUUUGCACUUGGUGUUAAACGCCAGGCAUUAUGUAGUCGUCAUUUGACAGAUUAUUUUUCAUUGGGUGCAUGUAUGGAAGGUGUAAGUCAAUUGGCCAAUUGUCUAUUUGGAUUACGUCUAGAAGUUGUACCGGUACAACCUGGAGAAGUAUGGCAUCCAUCUGUUAUCAAAGUUCAUGUCUAUUCGACUAAGAAUAAUUCAACAGAACCAAUUGGGAUAGUCUAUUGUGAUCUGCUUGAUCGUCCUGGUAAACCUGCCCAAGAUUGUCAUUACACUAUACGUGGUGGUCGAUGCCUAGAUAAUGGUUCUAGUAAUCGAUCAUAUCAAUCUCCAAUUAUAACACUUCAAUUGACGGUAUCUCCGCCUGAAUCGAAUUCUAAACCACCACUUCUUAGUAUAGGACAAGUUGAAAAUUUAUUUCAUGAAUGGGGACAUGCAUUACAUUCUAUGCUUGCACGUACACGAUAUCAGCAUGUUACUGGGACACGGUGUAGUACUGAUUUAGCUGAAUUACCAUCAACUUUAUUUGAACACUUUGCAUUAGAUCCGCGUGUAGUAUCAGAAUAUGCUCGACAUUGGAAAACAGGUCAGAAACCAGAUCCUAAUGAAAUAAUUGCAUUACAACAAUUAUCCGUUGGUUUAGGACUUGGUCAAAGUUUAGAAGUUAGUCAACAGGCUACCUAUGCUAUUCUGGAUCAAGUUUUGCACUCAGGUCCUAUUGAAAAUACUUUACUGCCUUAUGCAAAAUCAACUCACGAAUCAGAUGGGUUAUGGCCUGCAUCCUCUAAAUUAUUAUCAGAUAUUCAAUGUAAAGUUGGACUAUCUGAUUGGUCUAGUUGUUCACCAGCUCAUCUAGGCGCAUGGCCUCAUCGUUUUACUCAUUUAGUCAAUUACGGUGGACGCUAUUAUGCUUAUUUGAUGGCAAAAGCUGGAGCUAAUCUUGUUUGGAGACGUCAUUUUUCCAAAGAUCCUUGGUGUUCCUCAAGUGGACAGCUUUAUAUGGAAAAAUUAUUAUGUCAUGGUGGCGAGUAUCCUCCAGCUAUUCUACUUUCGGACCUUUUGAAUUGUGAUGAUGAGAUCAACAGUCAAAAUGUACUAUUAUCUCCUAAAAAGUUAGCUGAAGGUUUAACUGAUCAAUUGGAAGAAAUGGAAAUGGCUUCAACUUCUUUACUGAACCGUAUUGAAUCACCGAGUUUAUUCAGACCAGAAUCAUACCAUUAGUAGCAAGAGAGAAGAGAACUUAAUAAUUGUGACAUAUCUCGUUGGUGAUGAUACCUUGUAAAUACAUCAGCUAAUUAUUUUCCUAAAUGCUCAUAUAUUAAUUUGUUGGUUUUGUCAAAUAAUUUAGAACAUGCAAUAAAUAGAAGCUUUCGUUUUUGAUAUAACAUAAUUCACUUCUCGCACCUUGGCCAUAUCAUCUCGAACAAUGAACGUGAAUAACUGUGCUCUUUCCUGUGACACUCACUUACUUAAGCCUGUUACCCCUCUUGGAGCAUAGGCGGUCGACUCCUAAUCUCCAAUCUACUCUGUCCUAGGCUCUUUUUUCCAUUUGUUGCCAAGUUCUAUUCUUCCUUGUAAUGUCUGCUUCCAAUUACAGACACAGUGUUUUUUUAUUUGCUCCUUUCUUUUGAUGUGUGAAUUCCACGUUGGAGCAUGUUUUUUGAUACAGU